UUUGGGCGCUGAGCCUCCUGGCUGCGCAGGGCCUGUGGGCGCAGAUGUCCGUAUUUCAUGGUGAGGACCUGGAGAGGUUCGGGCGCAGGAGUCUGACCUCCGCAGGUUCCUGGAUAGAGGCAUCCUACGCCAGGACAGAGCCGCCAGAGGUCAGCGCAGCAAGGCGGGGUCCUCCCUGCAUCUGCAGCGAGGCAGGCGGGCGGGAAGCUGAGGACCUGCGAUCUCGUGAGACACCGGUGCCCUCCCCUCCAGGGAGCAGAGGCAGCUCUGGAAGUCAGUUUAAUGCGGACACCGCGACCGGCGGGGCGCAGAACACUUCUCCCAGCGUCCUGGGCUCCGCGAGCACAAUUUUAAAACCAGCGGCGAAAUCCGAUCCUUCCGCAGUGGAGCGCGGCCGCCGCUCCGAGCGCCAUCUCAGACUCCACCGGCUUCUGUGCCGCGAGUCACCCCGGGCCGCGCCUUCCUCCUCCGGCCAGACCGAGCCCGGCCCUGGCGGGAAACUCACAGGCCCCGGGCAGCCUGGGCGCGCUGCGGUGAAGAAGUGGGCCCGCCGCGCACGUGGGGUGGCCAGAGGCCACUGCUUCCCAGACCCAUGA